AUGCGCUUCUUCGCCCUCUUCACCGCUGCCGUGCCUCUCCUCGGCUACGCCCUCGCCGCUCCUUUCGGUGGUAUCACCAUCCCUCUCGAUACUCGUGAAGCCCCCAUCCCCUACAGCCCUGACUGUGGACUUUACUUCCAUUCCUCCAGAAGCUCCGGAACAACGUCGCAAACCUCUGUCCCUUCUCUCCCUGGCAAGUUUUCCAAGGCAGACGCUAAUGCGCUUCUGGAUACCCUCAAGGGCUUGUUCGAGUCUUCCAUGUCUGAGCUCGCGCCUUCUUCUGCCAAAUGGUUUGAGAAACUCGUCGCGUAA